UCUUCACCUCCACCCAGAUGAAGGGUCCUGAGGGGGAGGCUCGCUGCCCCUGCCCGAGUCUCCAGAGCCUCCAGACUCUGCUCUCCAGCCUCUUCACACAGGCAGAGAAGAAGAAGGAGGAGGAGGAGGAGGAGGGAGAGGCAGCAGAGCAGAGAGAUGGAGACUCCAACUUCGAGAACCCAGAGAUCGGCACCUACAACUACACCCAGCCGCCGACACAGCCGCCCACAGCCCAGCCAGCGGACCCGCCAGCUGCCCGGGCUCUGUAUAAGGCGCUGUGGAGUUUCCAGGGCCGCGCCGUGGACGAGCUCUCCUUCCAGACUGGAGACUCGUUUAGGAUGCUGCAGCAGGAGGGAGAGUGGUGUCGGGUGGAGAAGAUCAGCCCGCAGGGACUCAUACAGGCUGAGGGCUUCGUGCCCUCCAACUACCUGGCAAAAGAGCAGACCCUGGAGGAACAACCAUGGUAUUUUGGGUCACUGAAUCGCCUGGAGACCCAGAAACUGCUUUUGGCCGCAGGUAACAAGGUCGGUGCAUUUCUGCUGCGACGCAGUGAAAGGGAUGAGGUGGGCUGUGUGCUGUCAGUUCGACUAAGCGAUAAGGAGGUGAAGCACUUUAAAGUUUAUGAGGAUGAGGAGGGUUUCUAUGUGGACCCUGAUUCCACUUUCCCCGGACUGGAGCAGUUAGUGGAGCAUUAUAAAAGCCAUCCUCUGAGCUCCGGCACCCUCCUCGGAGAGCCCUGCACACGGCCAGAGCCGAAGCCACAGGACCUGUCCCACAAUACUGUGGACGACUGGGAGCUGCCCAAGGAGGAGUUCGCCCUGGAGGAACAGCUGGGGUCUGGAUUCUUCGCUGAUGUUUACCGCGGCACCUGGAAAGGCAUGGUCAAGGUGGCUGUUAAGAUCCUCAAAAAUAAUGACUCGCUCGACCACAGGGAGUUCCAGCUGGAGACUCAGAUGCUAAAGAAGCUCCGACACAGACACCUCAUAACUCUGUUUGCCAUCUGCACCACCAAUGUCCCCUACUACAUCAUCACUGAGCUCAUGGAGAAGGGCAACCUGCUGAAUGUCUUGCGAGGUCAGGAGGGCCGCAACUUAGAACCGCAUGCUCUGACAGAUAUGGCGAGCCAGGUGGCUGAUGGGAUGGCAUAUCUAGAGGAGAAAAACAGCAUCCACAGAGACCUGGCAGCACGCAAUGUUCUGGUGGGGGAGGACAACCUCUGCAAAGUGGCUGAUUUUGGCCUGGCACGGGUCAUCAAGGAGCCGUUUUACUUGUCUGAAGAAAAGAAGAUUCCAUAUAAAUGGAGCGCUCCUGAGGCCAUCAGCCAUGGCCGAUUCUCCAACAAAUCUGAUGUGUGGUCUUUCGGCAUACUCCUCUAUGAAAUCUUCACUUACGGUGGAUCUCCUUAUCCAAGCCACAACAACCAUGAAGUGUUCUACCUGAUCUCAUCUGGAUACAGGAUGCCCGCCCCUCCCAAAUGCCCACCUCACAUUUAUGACCUCAUGCUGAAGUGCUGGAGAGAAUCAGCAGAGGAGAGACCCGACUUCAGUGAAGUGCUGGAUUAUUUAGAGAAUGUGAGCCAUUACUGGACUGUGAGCGGCAACAACUGUUCAGAUCCAGCAGAGGGCAGUAAGAUCGAGGGGAGCAGAGAGGAAAGUGUGGAUCAGCCUGAGUGAACAGUACAAAAAAAGACUGCAGAAUAGAUUUGAUGGAUGCUCUUGAUGUAGCAGUUAUUUUUCCUUUAGGAUUUAUUAAAGCAUAAUACAUAAAUAAUUUAUAUGUAUAUAUGUAAUAAGCACUAAGCCAUAUCUAUACUUUCCUAUUCUAUAUUUGUAACUUUUUUGACAUGCUGUGAAUUUGGCUGUUUUACUUUGCAUUUUAAAAUAUCGGUUUUAUGGUCAAUAGACCAAUCUCCAAUAAAAGUCCUUCUUCUCCUAUAAACUGGCCUAUACAGUUACAAGGUAAGCAGCAUACACUAUGUAUAUAUAGAAAGAAAAUUGAAUAUUAAUUUCUUUAUAAUUAUCCUAACACAAAGUAUAUACAGCAUCUAUAGCCAACAAUAUUAUUAUUUUGAAUAUUAUUCAAAAUCUCUAUUUUUUUAACAA